AUGCCGAUUACAUUAGGAUCAGUUGGUGACAUUAUUUCCAUCAGCCUUAUUGUCAAGGACCUCGUGAAAGCGUUGGAUGACUGCCGAGGCUCUGCGUCAGAAUAUCAGGCACUCAUUCGAGAAUUGUGGGUGCUUGAUCGAGUUCUCCUAGAAAUUGAGCUGUUGACGAAGAUGUACGAACAAACCGCCGAGCUGAACGCACUGUGUGUCACCGCAAAAAACGUCGCGGAUUCCUGCCGCCGGUGCAUUGAGAUUUUCCAAGAAAAUAUCAAGAAAUAUGACGACAGUCUUGGAAGUGCUGGUACAGGGAAGAAGAUUCAAGACAUUUCAAUGAAGAUCAGGUGGCGAAUAGCCCAUAGCGAUGAUCUGGAAAGGUUUCGAGCCGAAGUUAACGCCCAUAGCUCCUCACUGAAUAUGCUGCUUGUCACCGCAAGUGUGAAUAUUACUCGUCGUAAUGACGAACAACUUCGGGAGCAGCGAAUUGCUAAGGAUGAAAAGGAUCAAAAGACACUCGAGACACAUGAGGGUCUCCUCGCUGACAUCCGGGACCGGCUCGAUGAAAACACGAGCCUUAUAAAAACCGCUGCCGAUGGCAUGAGUAGCAUACUAAAGUCUGAACUAGGUCCGGAGUUCAGAAGUAUCAUGGGAAAGAUCUUCGCCAUGAACGUCGUCACAUUUCGGAUUGUUGCUGAGAUCCGCGCAAGUCUACCGAAUCAUUCAGAGCGCAGCCUCAUCCAAGAACCAUUCAUCCUUGAAGAUGCAAUUGGAAGAAUUACGCCUGUCCAUCUUCAGUUCAUCGCAUCAUGGGAUGCUUUCGAUAGUGUCCUUGAGAAGAGAUUUCAAAAUGUACAAGGUCAUGAAAAAGUGUUGAGUAAGGACUUUGUGCUGCAGGAGCACAAGUCAAGGAGGGAUAUUGUGCGGUCCAGGCCAUGGGAAGGCGCGUUCUUACCCGGCCAGAGAGUAGACAUGAGUAUCGUUUUCAACGAGACUGAAGAUGUUCUUCAAGCUUGUUGCCCCGGAUGUCGAGAAAUUUGCGCUGACUGGUCCGAACGUGGUAGUAGAUGGUAA